CCCAUGGCAUGGACAACCAUACGUGUAAGUUCGAGCAGCCGGAACUAAUCCAAUAAGCAUACAUACAUCGAUUGACCACCGUUGCCAUGGCUGCUGCGUCCUUCGCUACCUACCUCGAGACGCCUAGAGAGCUCCGGGUGCUGGGGUUCCGGGCGCCGCCCCCGUCUCCGGUCACCGGCGUUCUAUCCAACGGUGGCUCUGGAUCCCCUGAGUACGGCGAGUGCCCCGACGGCAACGAAGAUGACGAGGUCGGCAGGUUCCUGCGUCGCUCCGCCAGGGUCCUGGUGCUGCGGCUGCCCGAGAGGGCCAUCCCACGGAAGAAGAAGAAGAAGAGUGAUAAGGCGGUGUGGGCUCCCCCAGUCAUCGACAUGCGCCUGCUGGCUUCGCUGGGUGGGCCGGCGGUGGAGGCUCUGAGGUCGGCGGCCGUCGCGCUUGGCUGCUUCCAGGUGGUUGGGCAUGGGGUCAAUGAGUGCUUGGUCUCAGCUGCGGCGGGGAGGGCGAGUUCGCCUACGCCGGAGGAGGCCGGUGGAGAAGAUGGUGAGGAGCUGUGGUGGUCACCGAGCGAAGGAGACCAGUUGAGGAAGGGAGCAGACGAUCUGUUCACCCAGCUGGAGCAAACCGCAGCCAAACUCAUGGACGCCCUGCGGCGGGACAGCGUUGGCGCCACCGAUUCCCUGGCCGGAGCUGACACGAACCGCUCGCAACUCUGCAUCCGCACGCACCACCGCCGGCAGUGCGAUGGCGGCAGCGGCUCUGUUGGCCCCAUCACUAUCAGCGAGGACGACAUGCUCAGGAUGCUGAUCAAGAGCUCACGCCGCCCACGGGCUCUCGCUCUCCACCUCUGCCCCGGCGCCUCCACGUUCCACGUCUUCUCCCGGCAGCGGGGAUGGUCCAGGUUCCGCCCCCUCGGCGGCGCCGUCGUGGUCACCGUCGGAGACCAGCUUCAGGCAUGGAGCAGUGGACUCUACAAGAGCGUGGCCGGGAAACCGGCUUACAGCAACGACGAUCUCGGAGCAGACCGCGGCUGUGAUGUCGUCAUCUCGGCGGAGUACCUCCACUCCUGCUCUUCGGCUGGCAUGGAGAACGAGCCCCCGGACGCGGAUGCCGGGAAGAUCAUUCAGUUGAAUGUGCAGAUCAUUGUAGCAGCUUGCCUUGUACUCCUUUACGGCAAAAACAACAAAUUUGACAUGUGACCGAAAUUAAUUCACGAAAUAAACUGUCCUUAAAAAAAUUUCACACCUCCGACCCUAUCAUGUAGCGCCCGACAGCCAGGCGCCACACUGCACUGUGCAGCGUCUGAACGUAAGGCGCUACACACCUAACAAGCGUCGCACCUUGGACUGCCUGAAAAUUGCUAAGUUAGUGUGCAACGCCUAAAAGCUAGGCGUCACACUAUACAGUGUAACGCCUAGCAUCUAGGCGUUGCAUGUACCACCUACACGUUCAGGAAUGGGCCUUUCGCAACAGUUGCAUGCAUGUGCCUACGCCUCAUCACAUGUACACUGCUCCAUAGUCCAGUGGACCUUUGAUUGCACCGAUCGAUUGACCACCAGGCCAUGCAAAAGCGGAGGCCGAUUAACCAACACGGGUGGGUCGGACACAUGCAUGUGAGCGCGCUUGCAUCGGAGAAAUCACCAUGCACCCCGGCCGGCCUUACGUACGUGCGGGAACGUCAACCACACGAUCCAGCGGGCGUUUGACUGACCAGAUCGAUUGAUUACCAAGCCAUGCAGAA